AUGAGUCGUGGUGAAAAAUUUGCACGAUUGCUUCAACAUCUUGAAGCAUGUUCAAAAAGUAUAAUGUAUCAUGACGCGGUCGCUUCUGCUGUACAAUGGAUUCGUCAAAUUGAACUAGUUAUGGCACCAAUGCAGUUUCAUCCAAACAGAACUUUCGAUGAAAAUAAACAUGCUGUAGAUGUCAUCGCUAGAAACUAUCUUGAAAAGGCAACCGAUGAUGUACAUCAUCUUGUUCCAGUCGAAGUCGCUAGUGAUGGAAAUUGUUUGUACAAUUCUAUUCUUGUUCUCAUGGAUAACCCGGCGGUGACGGCAAUUCGCACAAUUAUUGAGCUGGUAAUGAAUGAAACACACUAUGCAAAAAUGUUUUCACAAUUCAUCGGACCUAUCGACAUGGCUAUCCAAGCUAUAUGUAAAAAUUAUGCAUUUUCAGAAUUCUACGAAAUUGGUGCUCUAUGCAGUGUAUUUGGAUGUAAUAUAAGAAGUAUUUAUCCAAAUAUUGAUUUUCGAGAUGAUAUGGUAGUUUUGAAUAACAUCUUUACACCUCUUCCACCUAUUAUUACUAACUGUGAGAUCACAAUUUUGUGGUGCCACGCCAAGAAUGAAAAAGAUGCUCGGGAAGCAAAUCAUGGUGCUUGGAGUCCAAACCAUUUUGUUCCUCUUAUGUCACCACCUAUGCAUUAUGCAUUUGACGGUAAUAAUCAGUCAAUGUCAACUGCUGUGGGAAAGAUUCCUAAGUUUUCACCUGCUAAUAAUAUGUGGCUAGGUGACAUACCUGCUGAAUUGAAAGGCUUAACGAUCCCAGAAGAAAAGUUAAUUUCACUUUAUCGUCACAAUAGUUGUAUCAUAAAACUUCAUUCACCUUUUCAUUCAACUACAACUGCUCAGACAGCAUUAAAAGGCAACUGUAUUACGUUCCUUCAAAAUGUACCGAACAUCGUUAAUAGUUUACCACUUACACUUGACGACCUAUGCGACACACUUAAAGUUAUUUUUGUUGGCGCUCAGCGUCCUGAGCGUAUUCAUCUCAGAAAAAUCCUAACAGUACGCAAGAAAAAAAUUAUUCAAGCAUUGCAUUGGCUGAAGAAACAUAAUGUGCUCUAUCAAAAUGUCGAGAUAAAUCUGGAGAAUAUCGCUCAACUGCCUGAAGACGACGUACCAGAAUCUAUCAUGUCAGCAAUGGAACAGAAGAUAGGCGAUGAAGAAACUCAAUCUGAGAGGGUUGGAUAUGUUCCCGAUCCAUUAACUAAUCCGGCAGAAUCAACUACUUCAGACGCAAUUCCUAUUAACAGCAGUGGUGUUCUUGAUGUGAAUGGAUCCAUGGUAUCUUCAGAUGAAAUUGUUAAUUAUAUUUUACGAAAAAUUAGAAAUGAUGGAACAAAGGACCAGGUGGAAAACGAAAGUGUUUACUUGAUUCCUCAUUCUUCAAAGCCUGCUAAUGAGUACUUUAAUCCAAAACUACUACUAGGUCUGUAUCCAACUCUAUUCUGUUAUGGACGUGGAUCACCUGAGGAUCAAUCACGUCCAGUUGAAAUAAAAUUUCGAGAACACAUACGUUACUUGUUAUCCUAUAAUGAUCGACGUUUUGAAACAAAUCAUAGUUUUAUAUUUGUGGUUUUUAAUCUUUUGCAACGACGUGAUGCUUGUUUUCAUGCUCAACUGAUAGCCACGAAACCUUACUUUCAAGCAUCUGCUGAGGAAAUUCAGUCCUUAAACAGUAACGAUAUUGAAAUGGCUCUCAACAACCGUUCAAAAAAUACGUUUAUCUCGACAUCCAAUGGAGCAUUACAUAAACUACUCAAUCACAUUAAAACCAUCGGUGGUCGAGGUAUGGGGUCAGCAUAUUCCCGAACAGCUUUGCGCACUCGUAUUCAUGCACUAAUCUUUAAUCAAGGUCUGCCAAGCAUUUUUCUAACUCUGAAUCCAGCUGAUAUUCACAGUCCUGUGGCACNCGAAUAUCGUUAA